GAGAUGGGGCGAGUUCGGAACUCAGAUCUUGGUGUGGGACGAGUUCGUUUAAGAUGUGUGGAGGGGCUCAGACGAUGACUCUAUCUGUUCAAGCACAUCCGGCGGCAAGACUAUGGUCUCCGCCGUUUUGCCGAUUAAUCCCUCGCCGGAAUAGCUUGCCGAGGAACAGCCCAGCUGCCCAACUAAAACCUAACGGUGCGGCGAUAUCACCGGGGAGGGAUAAUGGAGCUAAAAAUCUUCGGUUACGGCAUAUCUGCAAGUGGGUGGAAAUAUUCCCCAGGCAGUUAUUUAAUUUCGAAAAUGCUAGUUUGCCACUCCAAGUAGAAUCCUCUCUGAAGUGGAGGGAUGAGACCUGCGUGGCCUAUUUAACGAGACCCUUUCAUCCUCCCUCCUAUCAUCGAUUCUGUGGCGAGGAAGCUAGGAGAUCUAACAGGUGGACUUUCAAUCUCAGGCGGGAUCUCUACUCGGGUAUGUGGAUGUUCUCAACCUCGGAAAUUGUGUUCAUAAUAUGGAUGGAUGAUUGCCCUAUUAUGAACCUCUGUUUCCCUGUCUCUAAUUACCCUUGGCUUGCUGUAAGCAACCCUCUUGGCACUGCGUACGUUUGUGACAAUCGUGCUUUCCCUCUGUUGCAGUUGAACACAAUGGCGCAUAUCACAAGUGAUCAGGUUGUGGAAUUCUCUAUGGCAGAAGUUCAACCUGAGCGAGUGCGUAGGACCAAAAUGCUGCUCGACCGUGUCUUUUCGGAGGAUCGGCUGACAGUGGCGGAGCUGAGAGAGGCGGUAAAUAAUCCGUGGCAAGGCCAAGGCCGAAUUAAGUUGCGAGAGGUAGCGCAUGAGUUGUAUGAAUUCACUCUCCCAACUGAAGUUGCGAAGAACUGGGCACUUCAACGCACACCAUGGGUGAUUAAGGAUAGAAUCCUUCAGCUACGUGCUUGGGUACCAAAUAUCUCUGCCCGCACUUUCGACGACAUGGCGAUUGCCCCGUUUCGAGUCCAAUUAUGGGACGUACAAGAUGACUGUUGCAUCCAUCAAUUUGGCAGGAAGGUGGCGAAUUCAACCCUUGGCCGAGUCCUUGAAUCGGGUGUUUUUGUUUGCAGUGACACGGCCAACAAUUUCAUUAAGGUCAAGGCGCUUAUUGACUUCUCCAAACCACUGCGUUCUCAAGUCCUGGCCACAAAUGAUGAGAUGGGAUCCUUCUAGAUCCGUUUCAAAUAUGAGCACCUUCCUAGUUUCUGCUACAAUUGUGGCUGAGUGGGGCAUUUUCGACAGGCUUGUGGAUUCGAUCCGCUUACCCGGAAAGAGCGAUUUGGCCCUCAUAUGCAGACCAAAAAAAUGGGUAGGAAGAU